AUGCUGCCCCUCAUGAGAGACCUGAGACCGAUCGAUUCGGCCCUUGCCGACCACGUCCGGCACGGCUUGAAUUGGGAGGUGCUCAGCAAGACAUUCCAACUCAUCGUGUCGCAGCAGAAGCCGGGCAUCCCGCUGGACUUCAUCAGCAUCACUUGUGGAAGUUGCUUUGCGCACUUUUACCAAUUCUCCCCGAAGCUCCUUUUCCUCAGCAUCUAUGUAUCGUAUGGUGGAGGAGUCGAUGGCAUGUUCCUGAGCGAGACCGAGAAGUAUGUGAGAGCCACGGGCUCCACGACAGCUCUCGGCGAGAAGGUCUGGGAGGUGAUCUGUCAUGAAGUCAAAGGCAGCAAGAACCAGCUGCCGUUCUUUCGGCACGGGUUGCUCAAACUCGCCUUGGCUGGCGUGCACUUGUAUGCCACGGAGUGCAAACGCGACCAGAACCUUGUGAAUGUUUUGGCGGUGGUGGACUCCAACUUAGUUGCUCAUGUCAUGAACCUGCAGGAUAAGGUGGACUGCGAGAUAUUGGCAAUCGUCUUCACACCGAAGGCAGAUGUUCAUGAGAUCGAGGACCUCCAGCCAUUCCGACCCCAGUCAGUCCACCCCGAUUUCGAUGUCGCCCACACAGUGGCCAUGAUCCAUUGCGAAAUGCACUCUCUCGUUCAGAACCAUGGCAUGCCUGACACCAUGGCGAAGUUGAGGUUGUGCAUUCGCCCCACCAAACUUGCGGCGAAGACGGCUGUGCCGCACACUGUGCCCAAGGGCAAACUCAUUUUGGCGCCGUUCAGCACGAAAGUGGUUGCCCGAACCAGCACCGAGACCAUGCAGGGAGCUGUGGAAGUGAGGUUGAGAAAGGCUUCCGCGAUCGCCGCUUCUUCAUUGCUGCCUCCCAAAACUACUGAGGAGGCACCGGGGGAACUCGUGGGGUUCUUGUCGCCAUUUUUCUUGGUCCAGAGUGUAGAGGACCAGAGCAAAGGGAACAUGACGGUAGUGGUAUCCGGCAACAAGCAAACGGAGAUUCGGAUCCCGUUGCUCAAGAAUUCUGUCGCUUCGAGCGCCGGCCAAGAGCUGCUGGUGUACAAGGAGAUGGCACCGAAGCAGGGAAAGCCACUGAAAGCAGCAUCCCCCGAAAGACGAGUGAAUGGCUUUGUUUUCUUUGCGCUGACUCGUUGGCAUAGAUUUGUGAUCAACCCAGUCUCCCCAGAUAUGGACUUGAUGCUGCGGAGGUGGAACAGACAAUGCAUCCUUGCCUUGACAGAUAGGGCCUUGGACCUCAGGGCAAACAAGGACGGUGGCAGUUUGAAUUCUGAAGUGUGGGCUGAGCUGUUGCAAGCUCGCCAAGACCUGGACAACAAGGCUAUCGAAGAAGCUUUCAAAGCGGAGGACCAACACGAGCCCGGCAACAAGAAACACUGGGCAGUGAGCGCUUUCUCCAAGCACGAUUUUAUGGCACCGCCCGUUUUGACUGCGCAGUACAAGGGCCACUCGUUCCGUGCCAAGGCUAAGAAGGCCCCGAAGAAGCGGCGACACUUGCCCAGGGCUGACAGCAAGUGA